AAAUUGUCAUACUUCAAACAAUUUUAAAAUAAAUAAAAGUGUGCAAACUGGUUAAAGUUUAAACUAAUUUGACUAAUUAUAAGAGCGUACAAGUAUUACAGUAAAAUUUGAUGUAGAAUUAUUGUUGGUAAAUAAUGGCGGAAUAUACUAAACCUCCUCUUGAUAAAGAUUUAGUGAACUUUUCGCAAAAAAAUGAUUACGAUUCACUCGCAAAGUAUCUCAUUGGAAACAUUUAUAGAUAUCGUGAAAAUAUAAUAAUUCCAAGAGUGUUAGGUCCUGUUAUUAUUAAAACAAAUGAAGAGAAAAUGAUUGAAUCCACAAUCGAAAGUUGCCCCUUUAAAUCAUUGACCAGUUGCAUUAUAGGAUAUGGUCUUGGUCUUGCUGUUGGUUUGUUCACAUCCUCUCUUAUGCCAAAUAUGACUGAUCCAAUGGCGCAACAAAACCAGACUGCGAGAGAAAUUCUACGAGAAAUGAAAACAUCAAUGUUAAGUUAUGCUAAGAAUUUUGCAAUACUCGGAGCAGUUUUCUCUGGAGUAGAAUGUUGUAUCGAGUCAGCUAGAGGAAAGUCUGAUUGGAAAAACGGAACAUACGCAGGUGGUGUAACAGGAGGUCUCAUUGGGUUACGGGGUGGAUUAAGGGCCGGAGUGUUUGGUGCUGCUGGAUUUGCCGCAUUUUCAACUGUAAUUGAUUACUAUAUGCAUCAACGUUGAAAAGUUUAAUUAGGACAAUAUGUUAUUAAAUUAAAUUAGUUACCAAA